GUCAAUGUCUCUAUAAAGCCCACUCUCUUCUGCUCAGUGCUUCCUGCUUACCCAUUCAAGUCUAGUCGGGCCGCGCGCUAGUAUCCUGAACCCGGAGUGACACCUCGCUAGCUAAACUAUAUUCACUUCUCAUACUCGUCCCCUCUCACACCUCUCCCGAGACUCGUACCUUCUUCCCGACUGACAUUACAAUGCCCUCCAUUUCUCAGUCGUAUGAAGUAAUUCUGGACUUUACGAAUGAUACUCAUGACUCCGCAACUGUGCAAUUACUCAGAGACUAUGGGCGUCCUUCAAACAGAAUCGUUUUAUUAAACCCGGGAGAGACUAUGUCACUUGUACUGGACGCUGGCGAUACCUACAAGUACACAGUCAAGACCAGGUCGAAAGUUGUAAACAUAACGGCGCGAGCAUGGCGAGACGUCGUCUGCGGUCUUUCACAGCUAUUUUUACCUGGUUCAUCUCCCUGGCCUCCUCAACUCGUAACCACACGCACACGGACGCCGGUAAAUGGGAUCACUGUCGACCGACAUUUCCGAGAAACACGAUUCUGCCUUUUCGACUACAGCGAUCCCUAGUCUCGUGUAAACAAUGUGACAGAGUGUGUUCUAUACCUCCUGAUACCCGUCAUGAUACCGCAAGGCCCGGCGAACCAACAAUAACGCUUUCGUUUCCCCACGCCAUCCUUCCUCGACCUAUACAGCCAUUUAGUGCCUUAGUUUUCCGUCGUAUAUAUUUCAUCUCGUUGGAGAGAGUCUCAUAGAGACGAUUAGCCUGAGUUGCAGCCGGGAGCGAGCACACAUCCGGGAGACACGGACAGGCCAACAUCCGUUCCCAAUCCACGUCGGUGCACAGGUUCCCCUGGCAUCAGGUGAUCCCCGUGAAAGCUUUAACAGGAACUGCUGAGAGAAAGAAGAGGACCCGAGCCGAGGCGACUGACCGUUGGGACCUUUCUUCUUGCGACUUCGAGUUCUCGACUAAUGGUAUUGGUUAUCCGCCGUGCUUUAUCCGCAUGUGAAUACUACGAAUACAGGUGUUUCUCUUGCCUUUUCGCACCUCGGAUGCCCUGGAGAACUGAGAAAGUGGAUGGAAUGCUGCCAGACAGUGGGAGAGCUGAGCAAGUCAAAGAAAGGGCAACCAACCGCAUGUUCUGUGCGUGCCUUCGAAGUUAAGGACACGGGCAGCUCCGUCAUCAGGAACAACUCCUGUCUGCGGCCGACUAAUCUGCUAACUUACACGAGUUUCUCGCCCCCCGUCAUUACCCUAUUGCCACGCGUCAACCGCAUUGCAAAGGUGAUUUAACAAUAAACUCUUGCUUGCAAAUGCAAUCUAAGUUUCGAUCUUCGUAAUCUAAUUCCGUUCCGUAUGGUUGUCAUAUUGGAACUUCUCCUUCCAGCUUUUCGUUAAGAAUUCGUCCUUUACAUACUUUUUUCCGACACUGGUAGAAAAUCCAACAUUUUCAUCAGUUUAUCCCAAUAUGGAAAACCAGACCAAAUUGGAACAGUCCCACCAUCUGCCGUCACUUGUAUCAAACUC